AAUCAAAUACCUCGCAGAAAGAAAGAGGGAGAGCCUGUUACGGACUCUCAACCUUUUUUUUUUCGGAAAGCCGCAGGCUAGGAGAUUUGGAAGUUUAAAAAAGGAAAAAGUUGGUUGGCUCCUGACAUUUCGUAUGAAAACGAUUUACGGGGACAAACUCAACUGCAGGUUUUUGCUGGCAAUCUAUGUGCAUGGAAGGCGUUGGACGCGUAGAAGUAAAACGUGGACGAGGGGUUGAAAACACAUCUCCAACACCCACCUAACAGAUUGCAAUUUCUGCAGAGUUGGCAGUGUCAGGUGGUGGGUGGUGUUCGUUGUUAAGUUUUCUGAAGCCUCCUCACUUGGCAAAAUGCACGGCGAAGGCCAUUCUGAUCCACCCUUGCGCGCCCUUCCUUGCGCGCCAAGGCCGCAACUGAUGGAGCCAGAAGGGAAGGAAGGGUCUGAGAGUGGGAAAGUGGCACCCCGGUUGGGCUUCAUCCACCGAUCGGGAUCGAGGCCUCAGCUCGACCUUACCGGUGCAGCCAUUCAGGGGAAUUUGGAGGAGAGGAACCCCACAAUUGUGCUACCCAACCAGUCUGACGAUAUCCCGCAUCUUGCUAUAGAUAUUGGAGGAUCUUUGAUAAAGUUAGUGUAUUUUUCAAGGCAUGAGGACUAUACAACUGAUGAUAACACAUGGCGAUCUUUCAAACAUGGAUCAGAAGUUCUCAAUGGACAAAACAGUAACUAUCCCAUCCUUGGAGGCCAACUUCAUUUUGUAAAAUUUGAGACAAGGAAUCUUAAUGAUUGUUUGGAGUUUAUUAAAUCAAAGCAGCUCCAUCAUGGUGGGCUAGGUUUCCUCACAUGCCAACAUGAAAAUUCAUUAAAUGAACACGCAACUAUUAAGGCUACUGGUGGUGGUGCAUAUAAAUUUGCUGAUAUCUUCAAAGAGAAACUUGCUGUUACACUUGAGAAGGAAGAUGAAAUAGAUUGCCUUGUUGCUGGUGCUAAUUUUCUGCUUAAGUCUGUACGCCAUGAAGCUUUCACACACAUGAACGGACAGAAAGAAUUUGUACAGAUUGAUCAGAAUGACCUAUUUCCCUAUCUUCUUGUUAACAUUGGAUCUGGUGUGGGUAUGAUCAAGGUAGAUGGAGAUGGGAAGUUUCAGCGGGUAAGUGGAACAAAUGUCGGAGGUGGUACUUUCUGGGGCCUAGGAAGUCUUCUUACAAAUUGCAAAAGCUUUGAUGAACUAUUGGAGUUAAGCAAGAAGGGAGAUAAUAGUGCAGUAGACAUGCUUGUCGGAGAUAUAUAUGGGGGGAUGGACUACUCCAAGAUUGGCCUGUCAAAAACAAACACAGCAUCUAGUUUUGGGAAGCCAACUUCUGAAAAUAAAGAUCUCUCAGACUAUAGACCUGAGGAUAUUUCUCUCUCUCUUCUACGCAUGAUUUCAUACAACAUUGGCCAGAUUUCUCACUUGAUCGCACUACGUUAUGGGCUCAAGAGGAUUUUUUUUGGUGGCUUUUUUAUACGUGGCCAUGCCUACACUAUGGAUACAAUUUCAUUAGCAGUUCGUUUCUGGUCAAAAGGUGAGGCAAAGGCAAUGUUUUUACGCCAUGAAGGUUUUUUGGGGGCUCUGGGUGCAUUUAUGAGUUAUCACAACCAUGGUCUUGAGGAUCUGAUGGCCCAUCAAUUUGUUGAAAAAUUUCCAAUGGCCACUCCUUAUGUGGGAGCAAAGAUUCCUGUACCACCUCUUGGAGAUCUGAAUGAAAAGAUAUCUUGGUUGGAGAAAUUUGAACUCGAAAGCACUAAAAUCACUGCACCUGUGCCACUGGCUCCACCUGCAAUGACAGGAUUCAGUGGCCCUGAGAGGCCUCUGUCCAAAGAAAGCAUUCUAAGUUCAGAUGCAAGUGCUGCUUUAAAUGUUGGCGUACUGCAUCUGGUUCCUUCAAUGGAGGCGUUUCCACUACUGGCAGAUCCAAAGAUGUAUGAGCCAAACACAGUUGACCUUUCUGACCAAGGUGAACUUGGGUAUUGGUUGAAUGUCUUAUCCGAGCAUUUACCUGACCUUGUUGAUAAGGCAAUAGCCAGUGAAGGUGGUACAGAUGAUGCAAAAAGGAGAGGAGUUGCAUUUUCUAGUGCAUUUUCUGCACACUUAGCCAGGUUAAGGGAAGAACCUGCUGCAUAUGGAAAGUUGGGUCUAGCAAAUCUUUUAGAGCUUAGGGAAGAAUGCUUGAGAGAGUUCCACUUCUCAGAUGCAUAUUGGGUCAUCAAGCAGAGGGAGAAUGAGGCGUCUCUGGGAGUUCUUCAUGACCUGCUGAUGGAACUUGAUUCUAUGGAUGUGGAAACUAGGCUUCUAGCCGUUGUUGAGGGGGUCCUUGCUGCCAAUAUCUUUGACUGGGGAGCUCGUGCCUGUGUGGAUCUAUAUCGUAAAGGCACAAUUAUUGAAAUAUAUCGUCUGAGUCACAACAAGAUGCAGCGGCCUUGGCGGGUUGAUGAUUUUGAUUUGUUCAAAGAAAGACUGUUAGGAUCUCCAGAGAAGAAGACAACACCAUAUAAAAGAGCUUUGCUUUUUGUGGAUAAUUCUGGUGCAGACAUAGUUCUAGGCAUGCUCCCAUUGGCACGAGAACUGUUACGGCGAGGAACUGAGGUGGUUUUAGUUGCAAAUUCAUUGCCUGCCUUAAAUGAUGUCACUGCAAGUGAAAUACCUGAAAUAGUGUCUAAGGCUGCUAAGCACUGUGAUAUCCUUCAGAAGGCAGCUGAAUCUGGUGGACUUCUAGUAGAUGCAACUGCCAAGGUUGAUGACACGUCUGGGAAAGAUUUGUCUUCUGUAGCGUCUUUAUGGGUUGUUGAAAAUGGCCAUGGGAGCCCAUGCAUUGACUUCAGACAAAUUAGUCCAGAUCUUGCUUCUGUUGCAAAAGACGCAGACCUGAUCAUCUUGGAAGGCAUGGGUCGUGCUCUGCACACCAACUUCAAUGCCCGUUUCAAAUGUGAUGCUCUGAAACUUGCUAUGUUGAAGAAUCAGAGAUUGGCUGCGCAGCUUGUAAAUGGGAACAUAUACGACUGUGUCUGCCGGUAUGAACCUGCUUCCUGAGGAGAGCUACACAUGCAAAGAGUUCAAUUGUUCAUUAGAUUAUUACAAUAUGAUGAGUAUUAUAAUGAUUGAUGAGCCUCUUAAAAAGCUCCUCAGGACUAAACAGAAAGAUGGCAGUUUGUGAAUUGUUCGGGACGUCGUGCCUGGUAACAAGCCAAUACACUUCAGGUUUUGUACUUUGAUGUGCUAUCCUAUGAUCAUAUCAUAAGCUUAAUGAUGUAAAUGAAUAAUGUAAAAGCCUAUUGCUCUAAAAUUAUGGAAGCAGAAGUUAGAAGUUC